CCCGCGCAUGCUCACUUUGAGUCGGCUCACGACGCCGAUUUUGUUGUGGCUUACAGCACGUCUGUCUGGUCUGAAAGCGCAAGUAAAUAUAUGUUGCAGUGAUGUAGCGAACAGCAGGAGGACUUUACCCUGCUGUGAUUGGCUACAGUCAGCUAAUGUUCCACUCUUCCGGCCUUUACGAUUGAUUUUUAAACCGCUGCUAGCAGCUAAGCUAGCCAACGAGCUAGCAAAACAAGCCGCAGCGAACCUGCGAUGCCCUGCUGUUUGUCCCUCUCGUCUCGGCCCGCUGCCCUUUGACUCCACCAACACAGCCAGCCACAGUAUUGCGUGCGGUGUUGAGCAAACCCCUGUCCUCCUCAUUCUCCUUAUGCUGUUGUUGCUGCCGGACGUCCAGCUACGAUGUGGCAGAGUGUCGGGCUCACAGUGCUGGUCAUUGUGGCCGCACUCAUCUGUGCGCUGCUCUUCAUGCUGUUUGGUUGGUAUGUAGUCUGGCAGCUCUUCCUGUCCAAGUUCAAGUUCCUGCGUGAGCUUGUCGGUGAUGCCGGCACCCCGCAGGCUGAAAGUCAACCGUCCGAACCCAAGAGCGAACGUACAGCCGGCGCCCCGGCGCGAAAUCGACCCCGGAGUGCACGCCAAAGAGUCGCCUUUCCAGAAAGCGCCUCGUAGAACAUCCAGACGACUGCUGCUUUUCCUCCACAUCUUCACAUGAAACCUGUAUGCGAUCAUCAGAUAUUUCCCGCUCACCUGACACUACACAAGGACCUCGUGGAUACUCGCUAGUCAGCCCUCCACCUCCUCGCUCUCACAGGACACUUUAUACUGACCAGGCAGAUCUCCUGGCUUCAAAGGGAAAAGCCAUCGACGUACAUAACUGUCCAUUUCUUUAUGUAACCUGUUUGUAUGCUUGAAGAAGCAGCAACAUCAUGGUCCUCUGGUUAUCUGCAGUAGUGAUGCCGUUUCCUGCCACCGGUGUGGAGUGUUUUGAUUGUGUAUUUUUUAGCAGAAGAACGCACUACUUUGAAGAAAGUAGGCAGAGAUAACUUUUUAAAGAAGAACAGGAGAAAAAAAACUGAACAGAGAUUUGUGCAACUGACAGCUUUCUUUAUAACAUGACGUGCAAUGAAAGGAAUGUCUUUGCUGAGUGUACAGUGAACGUAUUAUGGACUUGCAGUAGCAUCCAUGAGGUAGAAGCGGUUUCACCCAGUAGAUAAUGCCCAAAGCCUCUGAGGAAGUUAACGAAUGAUGAGGCUUCAUUCCAGCUGUGUAAAAUGUGACCUUUUAUUUCUUCUAUCAUCUUCUUUUAUACUUGAAGAGGCAGGAGAAAGUUUCGAGGAAAUGAUGUUGAAGAGCAGAGUAGUUAGCAGAAAACCUGCCUGAGUGAUGUCUGAACCUCCCCGCCCAGAUCCCCGUGCCUCUGUCUGUAUUAGUGCCUGUCUAGAUGGCAUCCACUCUUAAUCGAUGGCCUCCUUUUCGUAUUAAGUAGCUUCAUGUCCGCUUCAGGGCAGAUCAAAGCUGACCAGGGCCUAGUAGAUAUUUAUGUAAUACAAUUCUCCUACAUGUAAUCCUUGCACCUUUUUACGAGCAGUCAUUUUUUUUUUCUUCUGUGUAGCUUCAAAUAAAUAAUGCCAUAAAUAUAUGUGGAGCUCUUC